AUAUCUUAAUAUGUAAUAAUUCCAAAAAGAAACACAAUAACAAACAAUACCUGCAAUGUAGAGUUAACAAAAUAAUUAAUAAUAAAAAACAACGAUUUAUAUUGAGAAUUUAGACUAGGUAAGAAUAAAUUAUAUACUAAUUAGGGAAUUUCUGAAGAUUAUUUAUAUCGUAAAUUUAAAGAAAUAGGAGAAAUAUAGAGCUUAAAAAUCACAAAAGAUAAGUCAACAUAAAAAUCUAAGGGGCAGGCAUUUAUAACAUUUAUACACCCAGAUUAAGCUGAAGAAGCUAGGAAAAAAUUAAAUAACUAAAUAUUCAUUAGAAACAUUAUUAGAGUUAAACCUUAUUUUAAUUUUCAUGGAGCGGAUAAGAAAGCUAAUAUCUUUAUACAUAAUCUACCUGAAGAUGCAGAUGAUUUAGAAUUAGAGUAAGAGUUCUCAAGAUUUGGAACAGUCUUGUCAGUUGAUGUUCAUAGAGAUUCAACAGGAAAACAAUUGAAGUAUAAUUUUAAAUUUAGUAAUUUAGUUAUGGGUAUGUACAAUUUGAAAGAAAGGAUGAUGCUGAAAAUUUAAUAAAGAGAAUAUAAAAUCAUCCAAUUAUUCACAAAGGAAAACUUUUAAAAUUAGAAUAAUUCAAAGCAUAAUCUGAAAGAAAAGUGGAAUCAACAUCAAUUUAUUUAAGAGCAUUUGCAUCUUAAUUACCUAAAGAAAUGAUGAAUCAUGAUAUUGCUAUAAGAUCUUUUGAGUAUGGUUGGUCUUUGGUAAUUAAAGAUUACUUAAUAAGAAUAUAAGGUGAUUAAGUGAAGGAUUGUUUUGUUAAAAUAGAUUAAGUAACAAGACAACCAUGGGCAAUGAUUACAUUUGAUACUUAUGAAUAGGCUAAAGUAAACUUAGAUAUAUGUGAAAAUUAAAGAAAACAUCCUUGUUUUAAUUCAAGUGCUCAUAAUGCAUUUGAAUUAAUUAAAAAGCAUGGACCUCCUGCUAAUAGUGAUGGUAGUUUAUCAUUUACUGUUUAAUAAAUUACUCCCUUUUUUGAAUAAAUGAUUAAAGAUCCAUUUGAUACAUUUAAAGGAAUAAGUGAUAACUUCUUUUAUAAUAUGGUUUAUAGUAAACAUUUAAAUCCAGAUGAAAGAUUAAUAAUCAUUUAAAAUAUUAAAGAAGAUGUUACUCAAGAACAAAUUAUUGAAUUCUUAGGAUAAUUUGGAAAAAUUAUUCGUUUAACAGUUAGAAAAACAAAAAAUCCAAAAUUUUAAGUUUAAUAAUGCUUUGUUCAUUAUUAAACUAUGGAAGAUUCAAAAAGAGCUCGUUCAGAACUAUAUGAUGAUUCAAAUUAAAAGAUAGUUAAUUAAAGAAAAAAAAUAUUUAAAGAUGGACAUGCUGUAGCAAAUAUCUUAUUAUCUAAAGCCAUGAGAAAAGAAUUUAAAGAUAUUAAAAAGUAAAGUUAAAAUAUAUUUACAAAUCCUGGAGGAAGGUCAUUAUUAUAACCAUAAAUUCCUAAUUUUAUAAUGCCUCCUCAAAUGCCAAACCCUUAUCCUCAUUAACGAAGAAAUCAACCUGGAGGUUUUAAAUAUCCAUUUCCACCAUAAAACAGACCUAUUAAUAAAUUUCUUCCUAUUAUUAAACCUAAUGAACUUAUCAAACCUGUUGAAAAAUAAUAACCAACCUUUUUAUAAGAAUUUAUGGACUAUCAAACAGUUUAGAAUAGAAUGGAGGAUUUCUUAAAAAUACCUACUAAUGCUUAAAGAUAAGUUUUAGGUAAUUUACUAUUCCAAAGAGUUUUUGAUAUUGUCAAAGAAAAAGAAAUUACUAAAAAAGUCGUCGGUAAUCUUUUAUAAUAUUUUAGGUAUGCUAAUUGAUCCUUCUCAAUUUGAAAUUGGAGACAUCUUAAAUAUGUUUGAAGAUAGUUCUGAACUUCAAACUUAUAUUGAUGAAGGUUUACAACUGAUUCGUGAUGAAUAAAAAGCCAAUUGA